UCGAAAAGAUCCACUGGCAAUAUAUGACAACGGGGAUAUGCAAAGGAGUAGCCUAUCUAUGUUUACAUUUUAGAGGGAUGCUGUCAAAGUACAGCCACACCUAACCACGUGUUCUACGUUUUAUGUUUUUGUUUCGUAAGAUUCUUCAACCAAGGCUUGAUUUGAAAAGGAAAAAAAACUGCAUAGGAUAUCCUUUUGUAACAGGUACUAUACUCACCUGUGGUAAAGAUAGCGUGCACGUGUUGUUAUACAAAAAAACUGGUUCAGGUUACACAACUAGCUAGGUAUAUGAGCACCGCACGCCAACCAUAUAGGCUACACCCAUUCAGUCAGUCUGUUCAUCAACAUUUAUCCUAGAGCGGAACGGAAAAGUUAACCAAAAUGGAAAAGCACAAUCCUGGUCGUUUGGCUUUAAUAGUAGCGUCACUCGUUUCCUAUAUCAUCAUAAUUGUAUUCAACAUAUUGGCCGGUCCAGGACUCGAUCCAUUUAAGUCCAGCACAGCCAAUGUGUCAGCCGAGUUUGACACCCAGAUUACUCCGUCAGGAGGGACGUUCUCUAUUUGGGGAGUUAUCUAUGCCUGGUUGACGCUCAUGUUGGGCUACAUCCUCUCUGGUCUCUGUAGAAAAAAUGCCUAUGGGUGGGUGUACUGUAGUCCUCCAGUGUUGCCAUAUGGGUUCUUUGUGUCCUGGAUCCUGAACAUGGGUCUAAAUAUUGGGUGGUUACUGCUGUGGGACAGAACGUACAUGAUACCAGCUUUGGUUUUUUUGUUUCUGGUUGCCUGCACAAACUAUGUUGCGAUAUUCUUCACCUGUCACGGACUUCACAUCUAUGGUGCCUGGCUCAACAAAUACCACAAAGUAGACCUCUGGCUCAUCCGUGCAUUAGUUCAGAAUGCACUGUCCACCUACACAACUUGGACAUCCAUUGCUACCUUGAUCAACCUGACAAUUGUAAUGAACUAUGAUGGAAGUCUGUCUGCAACAGAUGCUGCAACAGUAUCUCUCUCUAUUCUGACUGUGGUGUUGGUUGUUUGGUUUGUUCUGGAGAACUUUGUUUUAGACAAACACAUGCGCUACAUCCUCACGAUCUACCCGGUUGUGAUUGUGGCCCUGGCUGGAAACUUGACAAAGAACUAUGAUGCGUCUUCUCCCAGUCGCAAUGCUGUCUUCGAGGCUGUGCUGAUGGGUUUGACCUGUUUCCUGUUCGUCGUAAGGAUUGGGUUGGUUGUGUGGAGACACAUCAAGAACCCCCUGUACAAACAUGUCCGCCCAGACGAAGCGGUUUCUCCAAUGGAGAUUGCAGAAAAGACAAGGAAAAUAUUUCUUUAGUGUUCGUUUGAAACAUGUUUUCUUAAGAAACACUCUAAAGUGAUCAUAAAUGAACGUGUUAUGGUAAUAAUAAUAACAUGCUCUUAUAGUUAUUCCCUUUUGCACUUAUUUUCGUUUUUUCACAAUGUAUGCUUCAUGUUUGGCUACCCGCAAUGUUUGGGGAUAUCUCGGUGUUAUGAUCAGUGACCUAUGCACUUUUGUAAAGCUCUCUCUUGGAAAACGCUUUGGAUAAAAGCGUCUGCUAAAUAUAAAUGUAAUAAUAUGAUUGACUGAAAAUGAUCCAAUGAUGCAUUUGUACUUUGUAAUUUUGUAAAUAGUUUAUUUCAACUGUGAUUUAUUGGGUUAUAAUAAAAAGUUAUAA